UGAAAGCAGGGGCGCGCUUUUCUCGAGCGCGAGCCGCUGACUGACUGCGCUGCUCGACAGGAGGAGCAGGAGCACGGGUUCGAGGAGCUGUGUUCCGACGAGUGGAGGAGCGCGGAGGAGGGCGCGUUGGACGGGGGCUCUGUGCGGGGGCUCUGUGCGGGGGGGGGGAGGAGGACACCGCCGUAGGGGGAUGCUGGAGGAACAAAGCGCGCGGUGAACGGAACGGAACGGAACGGAACGGGGAUUAAACGGCACCUCUCGGGUUCUCUGCUCGUAAGCACGCGGAGUGCGCGCCCCCGCCGUCCGGAGGGAGAGGGUCGAGAACGCGCAGGGGACGGGAUCGGAGCAGCAGGGCAGGACUCUGCAGUCACUGGUUGGGAGGAGGGGACAACACUUUUAUGAAGAGCUGACCCGAGGACUGCCAUUGUGCUUGACACCACUUAGAGUGACGUUUCGGAGGGCCUUCCUGGAGCUGCAGAACUCCCCCGGGGUCUGCGGAUCUGUCUGCAUAUCGGAUGACACCGCAGCAGUCUGUCACAAGUAUACCCCAGAAGCAGUGGCUGUUUGGAAGGGGUGGAAGAUGUUGGAGGUUUCUCAGGUCCUGGAUCAGAGUCUGCAAUACACUCCUUUCAGCAGAGCAUCAGCCUUGUGUUCCUCCCUCGGAGCCUCUGGCUGCGAUGUCUUGAAGGGGUCGCCUGGGCACAUGGACAGGCGUGCUGCAAGUGCUGAUGGGAACUGCUGAUCCAACAUGAGCCUUCGUGAUGUCGGAGGGAGGCGACGCUUCGAGGACCCUGAGUUCACCCUGCGGGUCUACCCAGGGAGCAUCGCUGAGGACACCAUCUACUGCCCUGUUGUGGCGCGUAAGACCACCACGGCCGCCGAGGUCAUUGAGCGCCUCAUUGAGCGGCUCCGGCUGGACCGGACCAAGUGCUAUGUCCUGGCAGAGGUGAAGGAGUUUGGCGGCGAGGAAUGGAUCCUGAAUCCCUCGGACUGCCCCGUGCAGCGCAUGAUGCUGUGGCCGCGCUUGGCGCUGGAGAACCGCGUGGGCGGUGAGGACUAUCGCUUCCUGCUGCGGGAGAAGAACCUGGAUGGCUCCAUCCACUACGGCAGCCUACAGAUGUGGCUGUGUGUGACAGAGCAACGCCGGCGCAUGGUGGAACGAGGCUUCCUGCCGCCGCCGAGGCCCAAAGACCACGAUGAUCUGUGCAACCUGCCUGACCUCAACGAGAAGACCCUGCUGGAGAACCUGCGAGCCCGUUUCAAACAGGAGAAGAUCUACACCUACGUAGGCAGCAUCCUGGUGGCUGUCAAUCCAUUUAAAUUCCUGCCCAUCUACAACCCCAAGUACGUGAAGAUGUACGACAACCAUCAGCUGGGGAAGCUGGAACCUCACGUGUACGCGGUAGCCGACGUGGCCUACCACGCCAUGCUGCAGCGCCGGCUCAACCAGUGCAUCGUUAUCUCUGGCGAGAGCGGCUCGGGCAAGACGCAGAGCACCAACUUCCUCAUCCACCACCUCACAGCCCUCAGCCAGAAGGGCUUUGCUAGUGGAGUGGAGCAGACCAUCCUGGGGGCGGGACCUGUGCUCGAGGCUUUUGGGAACGCCAAGACGGCUCACAACAACAACUCCAGUCGCUUUGGAAAGUUCAUCCAAGUGAAUUACUUGGAGAGCGGCACUGUGCGUGGAGCCUAUGUGGAGAAGUAUCUUCUGGAGAAGUCCAGGCUGGUCUACCAGGAGCACAACGAGCGGAACUACCAUGUUUUUUACUACCUGCUGGCAGGGGCGAGCGAAGAGGAGCGCGCCGCAUUUCACCUCAAAAAGCCCGAGGAGUACCAUUACCUCAACCAGAUGACAAAGACCCCCCUCAGACUGCACUGGGACAAUGACUAUGACAGCGAGCCGGACUGCUUCACGGUGGAAGGUGAAGACCUGAAGCAUGACUUUGAACGGCUGCAGCUGGCCAUGGAGAUGGUGGGGUUCCUGCCUGCCACACGCAAGCAAAUAUUCUCCUUGCUUUCGGCCAUCCUCCAUUUGGGGAACAUCCGUUACAAGAGGAAGACGUAUCGGGAUGACUCCAUUGACAUCUGCAACCUUGAGGUGCUGCCAGUGGUGUCAGAUCUGCUGGAGGUGAAGGAGGAGAUGUUGUUUGAGGCCCUCACCACGCGGAAAACGGUCGCUGUCGGCGAGAGACUCAUCGUACCGUACAGACUGGCAGAGGCUGGGACCGUGCGCGACUCGAUGGCCAAAUCCCUCUAUAGCGCCCUCUUCGACUGGAUCGUGUUCCGCAUUAACCACGCGCUGCUUAACAACCGCGACCUGGAGGAAAGUGCCAAGAUCCUGUCCAUUGGCGUGCUAGACAUCUUCGGGUUCGAGGACUACGAGAACAACAGCUUUGAACAGUUCUGCAUCAACUUUGCCAACGAGCACCUGCAGCACUACUUCAACCAGCACACCUUCAAGCUGGAGCAGGAGGAGUACCGGGCCGAGGGCAUCAGCUGGCUCAACAUUGACUACAUCGAUAACAGCGGCUGCAUCAGCCUUAUCUGCAAGAAGCCAACGGGACUCUUCCAUCUACUAGAUGAGGAGUGCAACUUCCCGCAGGCCACCAACCAGACCCUGCUGGACAAGUUCAAGCGGCAGCAUGAUGGCAACAGCUACAUCGAGUUCCCGGCUGUCAUGGAGCCUGCGUUCAUCAUUCGACACUACGCAGGGAAGGUCAAGUACGGGGUCAAGGACUUCCGGGAGAAGAACACGGACCACAUGCGACCUGACAUCGUGGCCCUGCUGAAGAGCAGCCGCAGCGCCUUCAUCGGCAGCCUCAUCAGCAUCGACCCCGUGGCCACGUUCCGCUGGGCCGUGCUCCGGGCUUACUACCGCGCUGCCGUUGCCUUCCGGGAGGCAGGCCGCAGACGCAGCGAAAAAAAGAGCGGCCGUGAGGACGCCGUUCCCUGCGCUGCCCUCAAGAGCGUGGACACCUUCAGCUUCCUGCUCCACCCCGUGCACCAGAGGAGCUUGGAGAUCCUGCAGCGCUGCAAAGAGGAGAAGCACAGUAUCGCUCGGAAGAGUCCUCGGACCCCAUUGUCUGACCUCCAGGGUGCCAACACACUCAACGAGAAAUCAUGGGGGCAGGAGAGCGCCAGCAGCACCUGGAGCGGUCGUGGCACGAGGAGCAGCCGCCUGAACCCGUCGGGACAGCAGCUGGAGGAGGACGGCAUCAUGGUGAACUCCACCAGCAGCAAACUCCUGGAGCGAGCGCAGGGCAUCCUCAUGCGCAACAAGAACUACAAGCCCAAACCGAGUCUUCCCAAGCACCUGCUGGAUGUGAAAUCGGUGAAAUACUUGAGUGGUUUGACUCUGCACGACCGCAUCACCAAGUCCCUGCUCCAUCUGCACAAGAAGAAGAAGCCGCCCAGCAUCAGCGCCCAGUUCCAGGCCUCGUUGAACAAGCUGAUGGAGACCCUGGAGCAGUCGGAGCCGUACUUUGUCAAGUGCAUCCGCUCCAACGCGGACAAGCUCCCGCUGCGCUUCAGCGACAGCCUGGUGCUCCGGCAGCUGCGGUACACAGGCAUGCUGGAGACGGUGCGCAUCCGCCAGUCGGGGUACAGCAUCAAGUACAGCCACGAGGACUUUGCCCAGCACUUCCGCGUUCUGCUUGCUGAAGGCACCAAGCCCAACCAGCUCAGCAUCCAGGAGUUCAUGCGCAAGGCGGAUCUCUCUCCAGGCGGCUUCCAAGUGGGCAGGACCAUGGUGUUCCUGCGGGAGGCGGAACGCCAGCGGCUGCAGGACCUGCUCCACCGGGAGGUUCUUCGUCGCAUCGUGGCCCUGCAGCGCCGCUUUCGGGCUCUGAGGGAGAGGAAGAGCUUUGUAAGCAUGAGGUUGGCUGCUUGCGUGAUCCAGCGGUGGUGGCGAUCCUGCCGGCAGAAGCACAUGAGCGCAGGAGGAGGAUCCGACCACAACCGCCAGCAGGGGGCAGCACUGCAGCUGCAGGCGGUCUGGAGGGGCUACCGAGCCCGUAGGAAGUUCCUGCAAUGGCGGGAAGGUGCCCUGGUCAUCCAGAGGCGCUGGAGGAAAUGGCAGAAGCGAAGAAAUAGAGCCGCAUGCACCAUACAGACAGCCUGGCGUCGGCACAAAGAAAGGCAAAGCUACUGCACGCUAAGGAGCAGCAUCCUGCUCUUCCAGGCAGCCUGCAGGGGGUACCUGGCACGUCACAGAUUUAAGGACCUAAAAGAGCAAAGGCUGAAUGAAAAGUGCCUGAAUGGACAGUCGGGCCCAACACCAGAGAAGGAGCAGGUCCACAGCAUCGUGGGACUGGACCUCUGCUCAUGGGAGGACCAUUCAUACAAGGAGCGUGCAAAGAAGCUUGAGGCCCUUGGCACUUCUCUGGACAGCCUCCGGCACGGGCCAGAGAGGGAGGCUCACUUGAAGGAUGCGGGGCACGAAUGGGUUAGAGAGAGGUCCAGAACCCUGGAAGAGCCCAACCUGAAGACUCGGGCUAAGCGGGAGAACCGGAGGAUGAGGGAACUGGAGCAGGCAAAGUUCAGUCUGGAGAUGCUCAAGGUGAGGUCCACAGGUAAGGCAUCGCCAUCUGAAGAGAGGCAGUGGUCCCUGGAGCUGAUCCCGAAAAGUACGUCGUCGCCCAAGGGAGUCCCAGACAGCAAGAGUUUGAGCACUGAUCACCAUCCCCAAAGCAAGCCAGGUUCUUCAACGGUCAAGGAGGGUAGUGCUCCAGGAGAGGUUCCAUCAGACAGCCCGAGGUCAAAUGGUCCGCCAGAACUUCUGACCUCCAGUGAAUUUUCCACAAGCCCGAGGACCAAAAUGGAGAAUCUGGCACCUCUCCCUAGGAUAGAGAAUCACUUACCAAUCUUCUAUGUGCCCCCUAAGGUUCCCCCAGCUGUCGCAUCAGAGUCUACCAGCAAGCCUUGCAGAGAGAAGAAGUCGACCUCCCGUCGCCCAGUGGUUGUGGUUAUUAGCAUGCAGAGGGAUGCGCUCAUGGAAGACGCCAUGGUUGUGGCACCAGAGGUCCGUGAUGGUUCGGUGCAGACAGAUCUUUCCCCUGUCCAGCCUACAGUUCUUGCCCAAACCCCACCUACGGCUCCCUCCCAGGAUCAGCCUAAAAGUCCGUCCAGAGCUUCACCUAUAGCUACGCCCCAAACUCCACCUUCUGCCAUGCCCGUGGAUACUCCUCCAACCCCGGCUACGUUCUCGACAUCUCCCCUCAGCAACGACCAAGCCGUGCUGGAGCGUCUGGAACGGCUGCAGGAGGACAGCGAGGAGCAAAGACAGCAGCGGCAGAGUGAGCGGGAGAUGAUGGAGCAGAUCCGCGGGCAGAAGCUACAGCUGGAGAAGGAACGCGUAGCGCUGGCACAACUGGAGCGAGAUCGGCUGGAGAGGAAGCGGAGCGAAGCGCUGCAGCGCAUCCAGCAAAGUCAGCAGGCAAGCGGACCCGCCUUCCCUGGCCCUACCUUGGGAGCCACUUCUAGAGCGGCUGGACUAGAGGAAACCGGACCCACAACUUGCCAACUUCCAGCCAUCUCUCAUACCAAAGGGAGGGAAGUGAGCGCUUUGGGACCUGAACCCAAGGAGGGUAUGCUUUUGGAUACUCCCCCUAAGAAGAGCCACACCCACACUAUCAGCAUUAGCAUGACUGACAGGUCAACAAACAUGUUCUUCAUACCCAGGGACAACAAGGUCUCCUUCUCCAAGUCUGAUAAGGAUUUGGCCAACCAGGAGAGGUCCAUGGCAUUCAAGAAAGAUGAAGCCUCUUCAAGCUGCAGGCCCCCCAAAGGACUGAAAGGGCGUGAAGUGGUCAGACCAGGCCGUAGAAAGAAAGCACGCAUGGGACGGACGCGUUCGGACUUCAUGACCCGAGGUUCAAGCCUGGAGGGGGAGGGUGACAGGGAGUCGGAGGAAGAUGAAUACGAUGAGGUCCUCCUCAUACACUCCCAGUCCCCCAGCCCACCCCUCCCGGAGCAGGAUGCUGAGGGGGGCGUGGAGCAAGCUUGUCACAGUGACUCCGAAAUGUCUUCCUCGUUUGCGGGCGAGCAGAGAAAGAUGCACAAGGCCAUGUCAUCAGGGGACCUGGGCAAGGUGGACUCCCUACGAAAGGCGUCCCAAGCCGAUGGACGAGUUCGUACGAGGAUGCGCUUCUGGGGAAAACCUAAGCUGGGCGAGAAGAAGGGUCUGCGGGAGAAGUCAGCCAGCAUGGGGGACUCGCAGGAAGGAGACGGGGUCGAUGCCGGGAUGCAUGUGGGAGAGCGUCCCUUGUCUCCCCUGCAGAGCUUGGAUCUGGCUCCCGAGCGCAGCCGGGAGUCAAAGGAGAACAAGGAACCGUCUCCCAGGGCGAGACGGCGGCGCAGCGUGAAGAUCAGCAGCGUGGCUCUCGAUGCCGCCCCCUGGCAGAACGACUCGCUGCACAUGCUCACCAGCGUAGGCGACUUCCGCAGCAUGAUCGACUUCCUCAUGAAGAAGAUCAGUGACCUGGAGAGCGAGGACAGCAAGAAAGACACCUUGGUGGACGUAGUCUUUAAGAAGUCGCUCAAGGAGUUCCGCCUCAACAUUUUCAACUCGUAUUCAGCAGCUUUGGCGAUGGAUGACGGGAAGAGCGUCAUCCGCUACAAGGACCUGCACGCGCUGUUCGAGCAUAUUCUGGAGAAGAGCAUGCGACAGGAGCAGCGAGACUGGGGGGAGUCGCCUGUCAGGGUCUGGGUCAACACCUUCAAGGUCUUCCUGGAUGAGUUCAUGACUGAAUGCAAGCCCCUGGAGACCACAACUGGCAAGGUGCCAAAACCAGAGCGCAAGAAGAGGCGGAAAAAGGAAUCCGACAUUGUGGAGGAGCACAAUGGCCACAUCUUCAAAUCUACGCAGUACAACAUCCCCACCUACUGCGAGUACUGCUCCUCGAUCAUCUGGAUCAUGGACAGAGCUUGUGUGUGCAAGCUGUGUCGCUAUGCUUGCCACAGGAAGUGUUGCCUCAAGACCACCACCAAAUGCAGUAAGAAGUACGACCCUGAGCUGACCUCCAGACAGUUUGGCGUGGAGCUGUCCCGUCUGACCAGCGACGACAGGCCCGUCCCCCAGGUUGUGGAGAAGCUGAUCAGCUACAUUGAGAUGCACGGCCUGUACACUGAAGGCAUCUACAGGAAAUCUGGGUCCACCAACAAGAUCAAAGAGCUAAAACAGGGGCUGGACACGGAUGUGGACAGCAUGAACCUGGAUGACUACAACAUCCACGUAAUUGCUAGCGUCUUCAAGCAGUGGCUGCGUGAUUUGCCAAAUCCACUCUUGACCUUUGAACUCUACGAAGAAUUCCUCCGUGCCAUGGGCCUCCAGGACAAGAGGGAGGUUAUUCGAGGUGUGUACUCCGUGAUCGACCAGCUCAGCAGAACCCACCUGAGUACACUGGAGCGCCUUAUCUUCCAUCUGGUCAGGAUUGCUUUGCAGGAAGAGACCAACCGGAUGUCGGCUAAUGCACUGGCAAUUGUCUUUGCCCCCUGCAUCCUGCGCUGCCCUGACUCAAUCGACCCACUGCAGAGUGUGCAGGACAUCAGCAAGACUACUGCGUGUGUUGAGCUAAUCAUCGGUGAGCAGAUGAAUAAGUACAAGGCCCGACUGAAGGACAUCACCAGCCUGGAAUAUGCUGAAAACAAGGCCAGAAGUCGUCUCACCUUCAUUCGGAGGUCUAUGAAGCCUGUACUAAUCGCUGUUAGAUUUAUGAGCAUAUCUCGUGGCACCCUCCCGCCAAACCCAUCUAAAAAGGGCAAAGGUCGUCUACGGAGAGCCGCCUCCCACACUCCCUCCCCCCCAAUGAGCCCACGGUCAGCCUCCAGGGGGGAGGUGCCAGAGGAGAGUGCCGGUGACGAGGGGGUUGUGGGGUCUGACCUGUCGGAGCAGCAGCAGGCGGCCCUGCAGCAGGAGGAGAGGGUCCUGGCAGAGCAGAUCGAGAACCUGCAGAGGGAGAAGGAGGAACUGACCUUUGAGAUACUUAGUCUGGAGCUGCGGGCAUCUGAUGACGAGACCCUGGAGUCGGAAGCCUCCAUCGGCACGGCAGACAGCUUCGAAAACCUUCACGUGGACUCCGAGGGAGCUAAUAUUCCAGGGAGACCGCCGGUAGCUACUCGUCCCAAGAGGUCCGAUGGCAAACCGAGGAGACCUCUGAGGAAGCAAGCGGACUCCUUGGACUCCGUGGACUCCUCUACCUCCUCUGCCUCCUCCCACCACCAACCCGCCACAUACCGCUUCCGCUUCCGCUCCAGUUCCCCGCCGCAUUCCGCACCACCCUCGCACCUUAUCCGAGCUGGAGUGACCAGCGAGGCGGCCAGUGCUGUGGCGCCAGAACGAGAGGCGGAAGAGAGGCAGCAGUUCCCCAGCUACGCCCCCUUGAGCCCAGAGAAGGGGAAGCAGAGGCUGAAAUCUCCCCCGCGGUGGUGCGAUCCCCCCGAGUCCAGUGGUCGCAGGGGGGAGCCUGACUUUGGCUCGGCACAGCCGCUGAUGCUAUACAGCAGCAAUGAGUUUAUGGUGUGAGGCGUAGCCCUGUGUGUCCUCGAAGCCAGAAGGGGACGGGGGCCCUUAUUGCUUUCACAGCGUCCAUAUUCCGUCCACCCCCUUUGGAUCCCCUACCUGACCGCCAUCGUCCAUUACGGCGCAGGAGGGCAUCAUUGUGCGGAAGGGGCAUGAUCCACACCCGAGCAGAGGGGGUCCGGCUCCGUAGAGUCAGGUGGGGAAGGAGAAUGUUUUUUGGGUUCUGCAAAAGCCUGUGUGGUGGAGCUGAUGAAGUAGACGAGACGGGAGAGAACGCCAAGGACUGCGGCCGAAGGUCGGUUGCGCUCAGGUUUACAGAUCAGAACAAGGCCGUCAGAUCCGAUUUUAAUAAUGUGACAUAAAUCAGUGUGUAUAAAUAUAUCGUGCACUCUGAAACGGUAUUUAAGGCUCAUUAUUUAUACGUGAUUUUGGAGCGAGAAGCCAGUGGGAGGGGGUCAAGGCUCGUGUGUUUUGAGAAAGCCACUUUAAACCACUUUGUUCUGAGUUUUCGUGCUGCUUUUUGUGCUUUUCUUAAUGAAAAUAUGACCGUCGUAGCAGGACCCACGUCCCAGGUGUGGCCUUCAUAUUGUCAUUUGUCCUCUGUCACUGAUGACCUCCACUACGUGGCACUCGGCCAUUCGAUUCCACGGUGCAGUUAAAUGUGACGACAUUCGCACGGUUUACAAAUUUUGUCCCCCUUUCCUGGCUAAGGGUUUCCCAGAAUCCCUUGCUUUCUCCUGACACUUCAGUGUUGUAAUAAUCAUACAGGGACUUGAAUUUUUUUUUUUUUAAAAUCGAAUUUGUUUUAAAUGGUUGUUAAUGUGAUAACUCCUUGUACUUACUGUGGUUCACCGCCCUGCCUGUGUGUCCUGGUGUAACAGACUCCAGGCUGGACCCCGAAAACAAAGCCAACAAACAGACUUUGUUCUGCCCGUGGUUCUUUCUGGCUGUCCAGCUGUGUCCUGAGAGAGCACAGUGAGCGAAAGCUUUGCACCAGGUGUUGGUCUAUCCUUGGGGUACCACAGGUACCUGUCCUCGGGCCUCUGCUGCUCUGUGUCGGAGUCACAUGUCAGUGGUUCCGAUGACUGAGAUGGCACGCAGGGUGUGGAUCUGAAGCUAAUUGAGAAGUUACUCUGGACCGGGGCUCUGACCCCGCGGUGAUACUGCAGUGACCCCAAGGUAACCAGAGCAGAUGAACGCGAUGUCUCCCUCCCCCGCCCUGUAUAUUUUUUUUUUUGUCUUUCCUUCUUCUGUUCUGCCCUGCUCCGAGCAGGCAGCUGAGCCAAUGAGACAGGGUCUGAACGGGCUGCUGGGGAAAUCCAGACAGAGGGAAGCCUGAAGAGAAAGGCACUUGUUGUCUGAGUUUGAAUUUCCCCUAAAACUAGUCUUCCAACCGAAGUUCCUACAGCGCUGCUGCGAACCACUAUAGCAACCAGGGGAGCGUGAGCCUUUGCGUCCCGGUUUCCGACUUCGUUGAAGAGUGAAGCAGUCCGCAGCGGUGCCUGAGCGGACCGACAGCGUCUGUGCACACUUCCCUGAGGUAUCGCCAUCCUCUUAGCCGUCAGGCCCACGUGCCUGACGGGAUACUGUGACCCGUGCGAUAUUUCGGUGCGAACAGCCUGACGCUCAGCCAGGGGGCCACUGGCAGCUGAACAGGGCCCAACGGAUGCGCGUUUCUCUUGGGGACGGUCAGCUGGGGGACGCAGCCGGAACACACGCUUUCGGACCUCUGACGCAAUAACUCCCGUGAACUGCUCUUGCACCCGUCCUUUCUGCUUCACCGUCAUACCUACAUAACGCUAGCCUGGCUUAAAGGUGACCGGAGAUCAGAGCACUAGUCUGGCUGUGUUUCUGCGUCUUGCGUCGCCUGUCUCGCAACAGUGUCGGAAGCUUGCGUUUGCUCUCCUCCUCGGUGUAUCCCGAAGGUGGCGAUCCGGGGUUUUGUUUGAGGUCUUUGUUACUGCUGACCGUAACCCGGCCCUGGCUGCGCCCGGCGUUUCGCUGUUUUGUCCAUCAAGCCUGUCAUAGCGCUUAACCGUUGCCGAUUCCUCACUUCGGUGACGAGAUGACCGCUGCCCCCCUGCUGGCUUGGGGGACCGAGGCUGGUCAGACUCCUACUCGUUUAUCUGUGGUUGCCAAUGGCUCCCAAAGGCUCGUCUGCACCCCCAGCACACCGCGCAGAAGUGAAUGUACUUAUCACUGGAACAGCAGUCUCCGCUCUUUUCCUUUUUCUUUUUUUUUUUUUUAAAAAAAAAAAAUAAUUUAUGCUUAGGAGUGUACAUUUUGAAAUUGUAUGUUGUAAAAGGAUAUAUUAUCCUGUGUACUGUGCUAUAUAUAAAAUAUAUCUUUCAUUGUUUUAAUCGGUCACAGCACCUGUUCGAUGGGGCAAGGGGAGCCACCCUGAGCUCCGCGUUUCGGUGCGCGUGCUGUUUUGGACACGGUCGUAUGUAUAAAGUGCAAUUUGUGUAAUGUUUCUUAAGAAAAUGAAGAAAAAUAUUAAAAAUGUGUAUGUCUAUGGCUGUACAAACAAGUUUAUGAACAAAUAAUCUGCUUAUUAAAAACAAAGUCUGGAACACAA